AUGUGUAUUGCUUUGGUAUGGACACCCCAUACAGAGUUCUGGCGUUCAGCAGAUGCUUCUCAUGUGUGCCAAUCAGAGGAGAGGUACAACUGUAAGGCGAAGACGAAGAGCUGCAGACGCUCCAUCAUCAAGCUAGCCGCAAGCGACUCUGCAUCCCUCGACUGCAAAGAACCUCGCAACAUUACCAUUCGGUACGAUCGCGGCUUCGGAAAGGUUGGAAACCCCGCACCUUGGAACCGGGCAUACUACGAAAAUCUUGUUCGACGUCGAUCUGGCGCAUCGGAAGCUCGGCGUUUGGCACAGCAGCAGCUCAGCGCACCUUUACGUAGAAGAGUAUCGCUCUUCCACACUCUGAACCAGCAUCUUCUUCGAGCGCUCAAACCAGCAAGAGGGCAGUGCACGACUCUGUUCAGGUCAUCGACAGCCUUGCACAGCAGCAACCUCGAGCAUCGCAUUCAGCACGCCCCCACGUUGUCGACUGCAGAGAAAGCUCUCAUUCGUCGUCGCACGCUAUAA